GGAACCUAUAAAUGAUCGCGCACUUAACAGCUUUUCUUUCGCAGGAGAACAGGACAAUGGCUGUGUCAAAACUCGAGAAAUCAGUGUUGCUGGAGAAAGAUGAGACGCUGCAGCUCACCGCAGUUCGCCUAUACCAUUCCCAACGGGAGGUGGCUCGAUACCUUGAACUAGGCUACCUGAAUUUGAUCGACCAUCCUGAUAUUGCAAAAGAGGUUCGUCUAACAGCUCACGAUGCUCGAGCACAGCAUUUAAUGACGUCAGGCUUAAUGAAGAAGUUUACCAUGACGUCAAAACAUGUUGUUCAAACGUUGUUGCCAAUGAUUCGUGACGGCGUCGAACUUGGGGACGCUGACAUAGUCAGGGACACAUUUGGGCAAAUACUCGAUCUUGCCGAGGAUAUGAAGACAGAAUCUGAAAAGACAAAAGCAAGUUAUUAUAAGAUACAAGGAAAGGUUCAGGAAAAUCUUGGAGAUGUUGACAAACGAAAUACAACAGUGAAGAAAACUAACGAGCAAAAGAAGAUAGAAAAGGAGAUGGAAGAAAAAAGGCAACAGCAAGCGAAUGAAAAUGCUGAGAAGUUGAAGGUAGAGUUGGCAAAAUCUGAUAAGGAGCUGGAAGAACUUCGAUCUAGAAGGAAAGUCAUGGGCGAAGAAAUUGAAAAGGACAUAAAAGCCUUGGACUCAGAAGACGGACCAACAUUCAUAGACGAUGUGAUGGGAUCUUUUACUGUUGGAGGCGUCCCAGAAUCCGCCAAAACCAUAGUGACUGCUACUGUGGGUCUCAUAUCAGGCUUUUUUAAGGACAGGAGAAGGCAAAGUCAGAUAAAGUUGAAAAGAGAACAGUAUAAGCUACUGAAUACUGAGGACAGGGCGAGGAACGAGCAACAAGUAAAACUCAGAAUUGAAGAAGACAAACAACGUACAGAAGCGCUAGAAAGACAUGCCAUGAUCGAAAAACUUAACAGAGAUAUAACAGUUGGCCUUGGUGACGUGCAAAACCUUAAGGAAGCGGCAACCCACUUGGGUGAUGUGGACAAGCUUUUUACAAAGAUUAUUAAGUUUUGGGAAGAUAUGGCAGCGGCAACAAAGUACCUGAAAGAUGACACAAAAGCCGGAGAAGUUUACCUUAAGAAGAUAGAAGACGAACGAUACCAGACACGUUUUCUGAAGUCCGUAGAAAGAGCUGAACAGAACUGGGGAUUUUUCGGGAAACUUUGCGGCGCUUAUGUUGUGGAGACGGACAGGGAGAUAGAUUUCCUGUACGAGUAUCUGUCAAAACCACUUGACCACUUGUCUGCUGAAGAAAGAAAAAACAGAAAGCAAGCUGUAUUAAGUGAGCUGAAGAAAGAGAUCGACCAGGUUUACCCACAGAUUGAAGACAUUACCGACGAAAAUGACGCAUGAAUGAUGCAAAUACUGAACUAUUGAAUCAUUGAAGGCUACAAGAUGACAAUUCAGUAAAAACAUAUAAAGAAGUCAUAACGGAGAUGAAACACAUAAAACAAUAUUUGUAUGAGAUGAUAUUUUUAUUGAGCAGAUUUAAUGUUUUUUAUAUAAAAAAUAGUAUAAAUUUAUAUUUCAGUUUACAUAAUAUUUAAUGUGUCUACUUUAUGCUUUCAAUUUGCAUAUUCAAUGUUAAAUUCAGUUAAUAUAACAUGAUCAAUAUUAAGUGAAUAUUAAAAUAUCUUGACAAAAUAACUCAAAUUAAAAUGUUUAGUGGAUUCACAUCUUUUUUGCGCCAAAAACAUAUAAACAAUAAUAUUCAAUUUCAUUUUUUUUAUUAGGAAUUGUUAUAUAUAUAUAUAUAUAUAUAUAUAUAUAUAUAUAUAUAUAUAUAUAUAUAUAUAUAUAUAUAUAUAUAUAUAUAUAUAUAUCCCUAAAUAAUUGAAACAAUGUUUACCUCUUAACUUGUUCUAAAAAGUCAUCGUUGCUGUUAAUGUAUAAUGGGAAUAUAUUAUAUAGACACUUGUUGGCAGCAGUGCUGUCUAGAUGUGUUGAUGGUAGUAAUUGUCGUAGGUUCGGAUGCUUUAUAUGUUAAAAAUGUAGCAUUACUCUACUCUCGGUGUAUUGUUUUGUUAUUUGGAUUAUUUUGCCAUUUUUAUGUGUAACCUCACUUUGAUCUUAUAGAUACCAACAUACUUUAUACCUCGAUGCCAUUUUGCUGUUUUUGGAAUCAAUGUUUGCCCUUGUUAAAAGUAUCAUCCUUUUCAUUAACUUUAAAUAAGGAUUGAUGCAGAUGGUACACAGCUUUGUUUUACAUGUUUUUGUUAAUAUGGUGUGGUGUGGGAUAGGUCUUGAUCUUAUGGUGUUUAAUCAUCUGAAACUAUGAAUGCAGGGUCAAGAGGCUUUUGACGAAACAAUAACCCAAAAACUUAAGUAAAGAAUAGCCUGCGGUAAUGAAACUAAGUAUAUUGGAGGUUCCUGUCAAAAUUACACUGUGAUUGUAUUAAGUAAUACUAUGCAUAUAAGGGUCAAGACCAGACAAGUGAAGCUAUUCAAAGGACUCUGCUUAAUAUAUUCAGUUAAGUUAGUAAUAACAAACAAGCUAUGACUCAUGACGUUCGGCAAACAUAGGUGGAUAUGUACUUUUGGGGUGAGAAAUGAUGUAUCAUGAUCGAGUUACUUUAUCGCAAGAUCAUGAAGUGAUAGAGGUUUCGAUAAACUUAAAACACUCGUUUCUGCUCAAUAGUUUGAGUUCAGAAAAAGGUAAUGUGAUGAACAUAGUAGACGUUGAUUUUAGGGCAUUUUGAUCAAGGUCGGUUUCCUAUUGAAUAGUUAAGAAUGAUGCAAAAUGAACAAACUGUGUAUACACUAGGCUGAUUUAGAUACAGUUUUAGUUGAUAUGAAUGAAUGAAUAUAAGAUUACUGCUUGUAUAAGGAUAUCGAAAACUGAAAGUGGACUAAUUUCCUGAUGGCACAACCUAUGUUUUAUGCAUGUUUUCUUAUAAUUCAGCUUGUCCCUGUAGUUUAAAUUACUUAAAACCUAGAUUUGUCGACUCGUGGUGUUUCUGGUUGAUUUAUUACAUUAUUUUACUCUCUUAUUAACCACUUUGUGUUUUCUUUAGAUUUAUGCAUUUGUAUCUUGAUUAAUCAUUAUGGUAUCUAUAACUCUGUGUGCCUUAUAUUGAUGCAUGUACUAGAAACAUGUUUAUUACAUCAUUCGAUAAUAUUUUUUAUUGUUUGUUAACCAUGUUUAUUUUUUAUUUAUUUUGGGCGGGAUAUCCUACUGCAACCAUCGACUGUGCGACAAUAAGAGUAGUUUUAAUAAGUAUUUGGUUAGUAAAGCGAACAUCUUUGCGAUUUGCCGUUCGCUAGUUGAUAGGACGUACCUCUAUAUUGCGAUUGGUUCGACGACAGUUUGCUGUUGUUUUUCUACACAAGUACUUCACAAACAGAUACAUGAAAACGCAAAUGUAUGUCAACUUUCACGACUACUUACAGUUUGAAGUAAUUUUAAUCGUUUGUUCUUGUCGUCACAUUAUAUUCAUAUCGAAUUAUACCGUAAUUGUCAAUCGGGUUUCUAAAUUUAGAGCAAAAGUAGGAUUUCAUGCUUCAAAAAAUGAUAAACAUUUAUACAAAGUCCUCUACUUUGUGUAGAAAGUAAUCUUAUUGUAUUUUCAGUGAUGUAUGUAUCUCUAUUGACGUUCUAUCUAUGCUGUGAUGAUGUUUGUAAUAAAGCUUUGCUCCUCAUAA